AUGGAGGGCUGUAAAAGGAAAGCAAAGAAGAACAAGUGCUUCACAGAACCCCAGAGGAUUAACGAAGCUGGGCCAAGCUCCUCCAUCACUCACCUCAACACCAUCCCAAGUAUUUCUAAACUUUUACAAGGGGAAGGCUCCCUCCCCUUUCCAAGACAGCCUCACCAGGCCGCCAGCUAUGCUGCUUCUCCAGACGUUACCGAUCCAGUCCCCUGGUUCGGUCAGCUCACAGCCAACAAAGCCAGAAAAGCAGACCGGGACACCCUCUGGGACCCCCCGGACACCGACUGGGACACACCCGGGACACCCCGGACACCCACCGGGACACACCCCCGGGACGCCCCCCGGGACACCCCCUGGGACCCCCCGGACACCGACCGGGACACACCCCCGGGACACCCCGGACACAGACCGGGACACAGACCGGGACACCCCCCCUGGACACCCCGGACACAGACCGGGACACCCCCCCGGGACACCCCGGACACAGACCGGGACACAGACCGGGACACCCCCCCGGGACACCCCGGACACAGACCGGGACACCCCCCCGGGACCCCCCCGACACAGACCGGGACACCCCCCCGGGACACCCCGGACACAGACCGGGACCCCUCGGACCCCGACCGGGACACCCCUGGGACACCCCCCGAGACACAGCCCGGGACCCCCCGGACACCCCCCGGGACAUCCCGGACACCGACCGGGACACCCCCUGGGACCCCCCGGACACCGACCGGGACAGCCCCGGGACACACCCCGGCACACCCGGGACACCCCUGGGACCCCACCGGACACCGACCGGGACACCCCCGGGACACACCCAGGGACACACCCCGGGAUACCGACCGAGAUAUCACCCGGGACCCCCCGGACACCGACCGGGACACCCCUGGGCCCCCCCGAACACUGACUGGGACACCGCUGGGACACCCCCUGUGA